AUGGACCUCGACACAAGACUCAAGCUGAAAGGACAUGUCCUACUCCCACGGCAGUCUCACAGUCUCCAGGAGGAAAACUCUGACCUGUUCCACGCCGUCCCCUGGUCCUGUGGGACUUUGGGGUUCCUGGUUGCAGCUGAGAUUAAAAUAGUCCCCGCUAAAGCCUGGGUGAAGCUGAGCUAUGAGCCGGUCAGAGGCCUGGAGAACAUCUGUAAACGCUUCACUGAAGCAUCGGAGAACAAGCAGAACACGUUUGUAGAGGGCCUCCAGUACUCUCUGGAUAGCGCUGUCAUCAUGACUGGAACCAUGACAGACCACGCUGAGCCUGAUAAGAUUAAUAGAAUCGGCCUGCACUUUAAACCCUGGUUCUUCAAACACGUGGAGAGCUACCUUAAAAAGGACACCGCUGGAGUUGAAUAUGUCCCUCUGAGACAGUACUAUCAUAGACACACCCGCAGCAUCUUCUGGGAGCUUCAGGAUAUUAUUCCAUUUGGUAACAACCCGAUAUUUCGCUGGGUUUUCGGAUGGAUGGUUCCUCCUAAGAUCUCUCUGUUGAAGCUCACCCAGGGGGAGACCAUCAGACGUCUUUAUGAACAGCACCACGUGGUGCAGGACAUGCUGGUACCCAUGAAGAAUCUGCAGGAUGCUAUCACGCGCUUCCACCAGGACAUCGACGUGUACCCUCUGUGGCUGUGUCCCUUCCUGUUGCCUGCAGGCAGAGGGAUGGUGCACCCCAAGGGUCAAGAGGACGAGUUGUACGUGGAUAUUGGGGCUUAUGGAGAGCCAAGAGUCAAACACUUUGAAGCUAAAGCAUCAACACGACAGCUGGAGAAGUUUGUUCGAGAAGUGCAUGGGUUCCAGAUGCUGUACGCAGAUGUGUACAUGGACCGAGAGGAGUUCUGGGAGAUGUUUGAUGGACAGCUGUAUCACAAACUGAGAGAGGAACUGGGCUGUAAGGAGGCCUUCCCGGAGGUUUAUGACAAAAUCUGUAAAUCUGCCCGACACUGACCCCGAUCACUGUGUGACAGAUACACUGAGGCAAUGUCAACUCAUAUUUGGUGUGUCUCAACGGCUACAAAAAAUUGAUUUAAACAAAGAUACAUUUUGGGCGAACUGCUAUAAGCUAAAUAAUUAGUUGUUUUUGUCUAAAGAGGCUUUUAUAUCGAUGUGAAGCAAAAGCACAAGAAUUGUAAUGCUAACAAUUAUCGAAUGUAUUCUCCUUUUCCCUUUUUCUGUACAACCUUAAACAAAUUUUAGUUUAACAAAGUUAUCUUUUUUACCUUUUUUAAAAUUGUAUGUUAGGCACUGUAUAACUACCUUUGUGUACAUUACAUAUUUUUUACAUUUUUGUCUGUACACCAUUCACUAACAGGUCAGCCUUAACUACAAGUGUCAUACACUCAAAACAUCACUUCCUAAUUAUCUUUAUACAUACAAUUAAAUAUAUGUUUCAAAUAAAGAUAUACAGGGAAAAAGAUGCCAAACAACUAUAUUGUCACUUAUAGGACACCUAUUUUUAUAUCACAAUAAUGUCAUAGCACCAGGACUAAGGAUUUAAAACUCUUAUCUGCAAUAAACAUAAUUCUCAUGAUUUAAAAAAAGAUACGUCUGAAGUUCUUAGGGAACAAUACCAUGCUUCGCUUCACUAGUAUUAGGGACUCACAGCUGUCACCCAAACAUUGUCAAGAUUCACCCAGCACAUUGCAAAACUUAAAUUUGUGUUCCUUUUGUAUGUACUUCUGUAUCCUUUAACAUCUUAUUUAAAUGGGAUUGCAUAUAGUUAAAGAAAUGGAUAUUUCUUGACAAUUAUUUCCUUUGGUUUGAAUUACUGAAUAACUGGACAAGUAGGACACACUUACUUUUUUUGGAUGUCAUUACUUUUUCUGUUUAAUGUAAAUUAAAGAAAAAUGUAAUCUUUGAUUAUUAAAAAACGAUGUUUUCAAAA